CACAAACAAAUAAAUGCUCACAAAUCAAUCAAAGACUGUCCUUAUUAUUUAUUACCUUUUUCUCUCUGUCCAUGUCCUUCCCUCAAAACUCAAAUGCAGUCCAUGCUAAACCUUCGUGCAACUCAUGGCCUUCCACUUUGUCUCUCUGGAAUUACUCACCCUCUUGCUCUCCCUAAAGAGAUGGCAGAUCAUGAGCGUAGGAGGAAGGCCAUGAAGAGGCAAAGAGGUGCUAUGCACGCAAAUCAACAAAAGGGUAUCCACAGAUACAACUUUGAAAGUGAUUUUGUGGAAUAUGGAGAUCUUGAUGACGUCAUCCUGCAUGAUCUGUUUCAUACUUACCUGGAUUUAACUGCAAAAGCUGCAUAGCGCCAUAGCCUGUUAAUUCUUCACCACUAUUAAUUUCUGGACUCUAUUAUGUUACUAUUUGUGUUGUAUUAUUGUCGUGGGUGGGUUGUAUUUCGAAAUUUUGCUGGAAUUAUAGUAGGUCUCCAAGUUUAAAAAAAUAUUUAGGAGUACUCACAACCUAUCAACAAAAUCAUCAUAUCGUUGGUGUGAUUCAAACACAUAUCCUUAUAGGAUAUGAAUUUGAUUUUUAUCAACUUUUAUUGUUGCCAUGUUUAAUUAUAAGUACAUCUUAUUAGUUUAAGUUGGCUUCUCUUUGUUAUGUUUA